AUGCUGAAACUUGGCGGACCAGAGGCAGCUUACUAUAUACCUGCUUCAGCCAAUGGCUGGAGUUUCACCCAAGGCCUCGUGUGUGGCCAACUAAGUGUGGUUGUUCUCGUGUUGACCUUCAUCAAAUUUUUCGUAUUUUCAGAAUCCCCCUCGUCGUCAGAUGCUGCACGGAAAUCUACGAAGCGUGACGCCUCGGGAGUUAUUGUGAAGAGAGAUCGAAAGGGCAAAACUGAAGGCUCGGAGGACGUUUCGAGUACAUCAAAGCUAGAAUCCAUACUCGAGAAAACAUACUAUGACGUCAAUAACCAUAACCCAGAAAGUCUAGAUUGGUUCAACGUGCUCGUGGCCCAAACCAUUUCGCAGCUUCGUACGGAGGCUUUACUUGCCGAUAAUAUUUACCAUUCCUUGAGUGAAUUUUUGGAAACCCUGGAGUUGCCUGAGUUUUUGGAUCAAAUUAAAUUGACGGAAAUCGAUAUUGGCGACGAUUUUCCGAUCUUUUCUAAUUGCCGCAUCAAACAUAAUGCAAGCGAUUCCGGCCGGUUAGAAGCCAAGAUCGAUGUCGAUUUAUCCGAUACUCUCACUCUAGGCAUUGAAACGCGUCUUCUUCUCAAUUAUCCAAGACCGCUUACUGCCAUUUUACCCGUUCAAUUAUCGGUCUCUAUGGUUCGAUUCUCUAGUUGCUUGACAGUUUCUUUGGUUAAUACCAAUGAUGCAGACUUCACCCUGAAUUCGAAAGACGAUUCGCCAGGAAGUGGCGGUACCGCACUUAUGUUCUCAUUUUCGCCAGAUUACAGACUAGAAUUUCAAGUGAAAUCUCUCAUCGGCUCGAGGGCAAAACUUCAGGAUGUGCCAAAAAUUUCUGAGCUCAUUGAGAAUAAACUUCGUGCAUGGUUCACAGAAAGAUGUAUUGAACCACGAUUCCAGGUGGUGAAACUCCCCUCGAUGUGGCCACGGAGCAAAAACACUCGGGAGCCUGUUCAUGCCAAUGCAAGCGGAAUGGUAGACAAGCUUGAAUAA